AUGUUAAAACAUUCGUUGAAGCAUUUCAAUCCAAUAGUUAGACUUUUAGCCACCAAAGAUACUCAAUCUUUAGUAAUAAAUAAACUAUUAGCUAAACCUGUAUAUCAAAAGUUAUGCAAUAUCACUGCUCCCAGUGUGUUGAAUUCAUACGAUCUAACUGUAACUAUUAAAAAGAUUUUAGAAAAAAAUGACACUAAAUUGGAGGCCAAAGAGAAAAGUCUAAUUUAUAAUGAUUUAAUAGAAAACUUGACUUCGUAUGAUUAUUCAGUGGCUACUGUUGGCUCCAAAGCAUUGCAUGAAUUAAACCAACCAUUAAGUUUAAAAAGUAUUGAUCAGAUAAUCCAAUUUAAUCCUGGUAGAUCAAUGAGUUCGUGGGAGAUUUUUAUAAAGUAUUACCCCUACAUUGAAAAAGAUAUUAAUUCAGAAAAAUGCAACAAAGUUUUAUUGACCGUUUUAUCGAAGUUGAUCUGGUUAGAUGAUGCUGCUAUAAAAGAUGGACAAAAAUACGCCACUCCAAGGGAUAUUUUACAUGCUAUUUUCAUAAUAUAUAAAUUGAAUAAUCAAGCUUUAAGAGACGUACCUAAAGACACCAUUAAGAGGUUAUAUGAUUCAAUAAUAGCUACGAAUUCUACUAUUUUACUUCCAAAUUUUUUUGAAAAAUUUGACCAGCCCAUCAGCACUAUGGAUGAUGUUGAUAUCUCUAUUACCAAGGCCCAGUAUUUGUUGAAAAAUGUAAAUAAUUUUGUCAAAAAUCAAGCAGAGAUAGGAAACCCUGAAAAUAGAGAGGAUCUUUAUAAAGUUAUUGAAUUAUUGGGCCACAAUAAUCUUGACACAUUGUUAGAACCGGAAGAGAAAGAAGCAUGUAAGGUAAUCGAAUCAGUUUAUACUGCGUUAACCAACUCACAAAUUGCAAACUUCAGUAUAAGUAGUAAAAUUGAAGCUACCAAGUUUUUGGAUGAAAUUCUUAAGAUUGCAGUAGUCAACGGAAUCACAAAAAAAGAUGUUAAAUUGUGCAGCACUAUUGUUAAGACCGUUGGCUUAUUAUAUGGGGAUAUGGAUAAAGCUUUGAAACUAUACCAUUCUUUUAUGAUUCACCACAGGGAAGAUCCGGAACUUUUGGUGUUUGCAUCUUUCAUGACUUUAAUUUUGAAGAGUUUUGAGCAAAAUAAUCCAUAUUUGUUAGCUGCUGCUAAGGCCAUGAUUCCACCAGCUUUAGAUAAUAAGACCCUAAAGUUAAAUAUCUUGAGAUGUUUAAUAUUGGUUAAUUGUAAAUUCAAUAUUGAUGAGUCACUACAGCUGUACAAUGAAAACAUUUCUACAUUGAGCAAAAAAAACAAAGAGGAGCAUACUGGUACAAUACCAUCAGACUCUGCUUUGUUAACCGAAACCUUAAUAUUGGCAUAUCUAUACAAAGGUGAUCGUGAUUUUGCUCAUGUUAUCUUAGAUGGUGCUAUGAAAAAUAAAUUAGUUGAAGGGCCAACUGCUGUUAAAAGAAUCAAGAAGUUGUUAUCAUAUUAUGGUGAUGUUUUGGAGGAGACAAAUUGCAAAGAAUUAAUGGAAAACAAAGUCGGACAAUAUAUUAAACACGAUAUUUAA